CAAGUGGCAGAUGAAGCACUGGAGGCCUUAUCCAGUACCCUAGCAAAGAUGGAGCCUGAUCCAGAUGAAAAGAAGCCUGCUGUGGACAAAGUUAAGGAGAAAACCAAACAGGAACAACACAAAAAACUGGGUGAAGAUGAAGAAACAAUUCCUCCAGAGUACAGAUUAACAAAAGCAAAAGGUAAAGAUGGAAAACCAGUCUUACCAAAACCAGAAGAAAAGUCUCAGCCUAUGAGUGAAAAUGAUCUUUUAGAGGGUUUGUCAGAAGGAUUUUCCUAUUCUCCAUCACCAUCUGCACCAUUACCUACAGCAACUGUAAUAAAGAAAACCAGGAAGGGCAAAGAUUCUGCAGAUUCCUCUGACAUUAUCUCUGCUGCUACAGUUUCUUCAGUGCGCUCAGAAGCUUCUCUAGCUUCUACCUCCGGAGGGAAAGAGAUGGAUGAAGCCUUGGAUCUCCUAUCUCAUUCCCUGGGACAGAGGGAACCUGAGCCUGAUGAGAACAAACCGGUUGUGGACAAAGUAAAGGAAAAGGCUAAAUCUGAACACAGAGACAAACUUGGAGAAAGAGACGAUACUAUCCCACCUGACUAUCGAGAACUUCUGGAGUCAGGUGAGCAGGGUAAACCAGUAAAGCCAACAGCAAAGGGUGAUGUGAAACACAAAGACCCAAAGAAGCCUGUGGAUGACUCUGCAGCUAUCGAUGCCCUAUCAGGUGAUUUUGAUACUUGUGCAAAGGCUCCUGCCACACCACAGCACUCAAAGGACAAAAGUGGAAAGGAAGCCACUAAGCCAACCCCGAAGGCUAAAGGAAAACCCAAAGACCCUAAAACGGCAAAGGGACAGUCCUCCAGCAGCAAAUCUGAGAAGCAGAAAACAAGCUAAACGUUAACAUCAUCAGGUGAGAU